AUGUAUGCGCAAAGCCUAAUGCCUCGCAACCAUCCUAUCUACGCGCAAAGCCUAUUUUCCCGUGACCAGCAAUCGAGCGGGGAUUCGAACGCUACUCUGGCCGUCAGCGGCCUCGUUAUUGCGCUUGCGGUUGUCUCAGUUGGUCUGCGAUUUUACACCCGCAUCUUCACGAAAUCGGGACUGAAGGCGGAUGACUGGUCGAUCUUAUCUGCCGUUCUCUUCACACUAGCAACCGCUGCGGUGACCCUUGCAGCGAACAGCAUCGCGCCCAACGGCCUCUGGGUCUCCGAAAACACAGACACCAGCUAUACCUACACCGCUCACGAUGUGCUCUAUCUCAAGCUCGCCUUCGCAACUUCAAUCCUCUACUUCACCAUUGCGACCACCACCAAGCUGGCUAUCCUGCUGAUGUAUAACCGCAUCUUCAAUGUAUCGAACGCUUUCCGCGCGCAACUCUACAUUGCCAUAUCCCUUGUGGUCGGCUGGUGGAUCGGCUGCACAGUCGCAUCCUUCACCAACUGCAUCCCACUAAAGUGGAGCUGGAUCAAUAGCUUUGCGGACCCGAAGUACUGCUUUGACUAUAACUUGUUCUGGAUGGCGAGCGGCGCGUGCGAAAUCGCACUAGAUGUUAUCAUCUUGGCGAUGCCGGUCAGUGUGGUGGUCAGAAUGAAGAUGAGCUGGCGAAGGAAGGGUUUGGUGCUGGGUAUCUUUGCUUUGGGUGCAUUCACUAUCGUCACCGGUCUCGUAAGAGUUGUACUUGGCUACAAAAAGGGCAGCCGCGUUCCUUCGUACUCCAACACCGAGGUUGUGCGCCUCGCUACCCAUCUUCCGCCCACUUCUAAGGCGUAUUGGCAAGUCGGCAUUUAUGUCGAGACUCUCAAGCGCGCUCUCGAUACGUAA